AUUGCGGAAGUUAGUCAAUAUUUGUCUCAUGAUUAAAAGUAGGAUGUAUAAAUACAUUAAUUAUACUUUCAACGGGUAUAUCUAAGCAGAAUGUUGCAGGCAACAAUUUUGACCUGCAUAUUGUUCGCAACUUGCAUUUAUUCAACCAAUCCAGGAUUGAGACUUCAUAUAACACAGAAUGGAAUAAACUAUGCUAAUACCGUAGCAGUGGAUCUAAUUUCCAAGACAGUACUAAGUGCUAAAAUACCAGAUCAAAGUGGAUCAGGACAUCAUGUAGAAUAUAACAUCUAUGGUAUGGUAAUCAAAAACUUCCAACUAGGAACCAGCAGUAUUAAGCUAUCGUCUGGAAGUGACCUCAAAUGGACAACAGCAAACAUCGUAUUGGAAAUUGAUGGGAAUUUUCACUAUAAAUAUAGAUGGCAUUUUAUCAAAAUAUCUGACCAUGGAAGAUUUACAGUUCAGUUUUCAGGGAUGUCGUUCAGCGUCGGAAUAAAUACGGGUGUUGAUGGCAAUGGGAGACCAACAAUUAAAUCUGCACAAUGCGCAUGUAACAGUGGUCAUGUUAAUUUCAAAUUCCAUGGAGGAAGAGCUUGGAUCUACAAUACGUUUGCAGGGAAAGUUUCUAAGGCUAUUAGUGAACAGUUUCAGAAAAAGAUGUGUGGAAUAGUUCAAAAUCUCAUUGAUAAUAAUGCACAGAAGAGUCUUUCAACUAUGAAAGUUCAGGUUAAACUAGGUAAAGUCCUGACACUUGACUACAGACUCAUGUCAGCUCCAAAGGCAACUCAGCAGUAUAUAGAAGCGAGUCUUAAGGGAGAAAUACUCUGGACCAGUGAUAAAACAGAAGCACCAUUUGCACCACAAUCAAUGGCACCAAUCACAGACAGCAAGAGAAUGGUGUACAUCACAUUGUCAGAUUAUGUCUUCAACACUAUGUUUUAUCAAGCGCAUAAACAUAACAUGCUGGUGUUCAACUUGACUUCAAAAAAUAUCAAGGACAAGAAAGAUAUAUUGAACACAACCUGUUCAGGUCUGUGUAUUGGGAAAUUUAUUCCACAGAUCGGAAAAGCUUUUCCAAAUAGUACAGUAGAACUACACAUGCUUAGUACUAAACCACCAGUGACAAAUAUAACAGUCGGAGCCCUUGGUGUGAGAGCUGAAGGGAACAUCACCUUGUUUGCUAGGAAAUCAGACAAAAGUCUACAUUAUUUGUUUACAAUCUAUGCUAAAGCAUCAAUAAAAGUGAAUCUUUCAAUGGCAAAUGAGAUGAUACAUGGAAAACUCUACGAUACGAAAAUUCAAACAAAAGUUACAGACUCUGCCAUUGGUACAAUAAAUGAUAGAGCAUUACAAUUCCUUGUGGACAGUGCCAUCAUAACCACCAUAGAACCAAUGGUCAACGGUCUCGGAACCAAAGGUUUUCCUAUGCCAUCGACAAAGGAUUUACAAUUCCAACAGUCUAAUAUUAAACUAUUGUCGAACACGGUCCUGAUUGAAACUGAUUUGAAGUAUACUCCUAAAUCAACGGUGCUGAAGUUUGUGCCUAUGAAUGAACGAUACCUGGCGAUUGAAAUUUGAUCAAUGAAGUUAAAGUGUGUGUGUAAAUGAGAAAUACAUAUUGGAUGUUUGGAAUGACAUUUUAAUUUGUUUGUCCCAUAAAAUACAGUACAUGGUAAAGUUUACUAUUCAAUACAACAGGUUUUCAACAAUAUGAUAUCCACAAUGUCUAAAUAUGAAUUUUAUUAACCACUGGCAGUUUGUUUUAUGUCAUAUUUAAAUAUAGAGUUGUGUACAUCAUUCAAAAUUGGACAGUGUACCUGUAGAUUGUAAAUAAAGUUAAAUCCACAAAAUGUUAUUUUUCUGUCAAAUUUCUAUAAUUGCAACAAAAAAGUAAAGGACUCCAAGAAACAUUAUAUACAAAGUAACCCCAAUCAGGUACGCCUGUAAGUUUAUUAUAGUAAUAUAAAAAACGAUGAAGUCAUGAAAUCGAAAAAAUAUAAGAACAUAGGUUGAGGACAAUUAAGGCAUACUUGCACGAGGGAAUCGAAACAUUAGUACUUAUGUUAGUACAUUUACAUUCAUGUAUAAACAGAACAUUUUACUAUCAAUAAAUCAGGAGAUGGACAAGGGAAACACAUUUUCGGAAAAACACUGAUAGAACAAUAAUUAGCAAUAUUUUUGAUUUUUUUCGAUGAAAUAUAAAACAAAUACACAUAUACAAAUUAAACCAUCACAGAUGAUAACUUCAGCAAAAGACAAUUCAACAAUCUGAACAAGUGAGGGAUUUAUAUAGCUAUAAAACCAUUUUAGCUCACCAUUUACUACAUAAAAAUGCCUGAACCAAGUCAAAAUAUAUGACAGUAAUCCAUUUGGUUGAUGUGAUUGACCUUUUGAUUUUGUCAUUUUUUUGCGAACUUUCUGUUGAAUUUUUCCUCGGAGUUCGGUAUCUUUUUUUUAAAUAAUACUAUUGUAAGAAUUUGAUUGAGUUAUUUUCAAAAAUUGUUUUUUAUCUGGAGGCUGCUUAUUGUUAAAUGAAUGAUAUACAGUCGGACUAUACACAAAAGAAUAAAAUUAAGGGAUUUCCCAAAAGAAUAAAUCUUUGUACAUACUUAAACCUACUCAUGUAAGAAAAGAAAACAUAUAACAGCAAGAUUCAAUAACUAUAAAAGCAUACCAGGUUCAAUGAGCAUGAUUUUAUUUGACUGCUUGUUGGGCACAAUAAUUAUCACAUAUAUCAGAUAAACUUCAGCAGCAAAUAUAUGAAUGAAAUCAGUGUAUAUUUAGUGAAUUGCCAAAUGCAAUACGUGCAUCGUCAAAAUAUACUGUUUAAAUAAAUGAGGAAUAACAUGACAUUUUACUGCGCCAAUGUCAGUUGAAUUGCACCAACAGUUUGGACCAACUAGAACAACGGCAUGAUGUAAUUUUGUUUCGAUGUAGGCGAUUCUACUUGCUGUUGAUUCUACAUAAGUUGAAAUCUAAAAAAUAAAAUAAAAUAUUAAUGUUCUGUAUAUAAAUACAUUGACGCUCUCUUUAUAAGGCAAGCUUUCGUUUAGAAGUUUAUUUUCAAUUAAUAAAAUCCUUAAUAAUUUUUAUUUUAAAGUAUAUUAUGGAAGUGAAGUAUAGAUUCUAUGAACUGACGUUGGUUAUCAUCUUUAUUACGUGUUAUACAUGUUAUAGUGUUUUUUUUUAAUUUGCCUUUGUAAAUUAUCAACUUUUGCUAUUUUUGUAAUAUCCUUUUGGCGUAGUUUGGUAGUUAUACAACGCGAUUGUGUUAUUGUGCUGUCGAAAUGAAAUAAAAGUAAUAGAUCUUUAA